UCCAUAAAGAAAGCAAACCAAGAAUCGCUCUCCCGCGGGUCCACCGGUUUUCCCGGUCAUCCUUUAUUCACCUACUCCACUGAACUACCGCCUUCAACCACCGUCUACCGCCGGUCACUCACUCCAUCACUCCCAGGCAGCAUUUCCACCACUACCACUACCAAAAACUGAUUCUUUUCAACAAUUCUUGAAGAAGCAUGGGUAAUGGUCAUGAUCACUUAACAACUCGAUCUGUUUUCCCUCUUGGAGAUAUGAAUGGUUCAAUGAAAAUAGUUGAACCCGAAAUAGCUUUAUCUGAUUUGCUUGAACUUGCUGCCUAUAAUGAUGUUGAAGGAUUUAAGAGAUUAAGUGAUAGUAAUUCUUCUGCUACUAAUGAAGUGGGAUUAUGGUAUGGGCAUCAAAGAAGCUCUAAACGUAUGUUGAUGGAGCAUAGAACGCCGCUGAUGAUUGCUGCAACUUAUGGGAGUCUUGAUGUUGUAAAGUUCAUACUUUCUUUAUCAGAAACUGAUGUAAAUACUUCUUGUGGUUCUGAUAAAACAACUGCCCUUCAUUGUGCUGCUUCGGGUGGUUCUCCAAAUGCUUUUGAUGUUAUCAAAAUAUUGUUAGAUUCUGGUGCUGAUGUUGAACUGGUUGAUGCUAAUGGUUGUCGCCCUAUUGAUGUUGUUUUUGUACCUCCAAAUCAACCAAAGCUGAAGAUGGCGCUUGAAAGCUUACUACUUCAAAAAGGAGAUGAUUCUGCUUUGACUUCUGUGAACUUAAAUCUUGAUAAUGUAUGCAUAAUAAAUGAGAAGAAAGAGUAUCCUAUUGAUCCGUGUUUCCCUGAUUUACAAAGUGAUACUUAUUCAAGUGAUGAAUUCCGGAUGUUUGCUUUCAAGAUUCGUCCUUGUUCCCGGGCUUAUUCACAUGAUUGGACUGAAUGCCCGUUUAUUCAUCCAGGUGAGAGUGCAAGAAGACGUGACCCUCGGAAAAUCCAUUAUAGUUGUGUCCCUUGUCCUGAUUUCAAGAAAGGACAGUGUAGGUUUAGAGAUCUUUGUGAGUUUUCUCAUGGUGUUUUUGAAUGCUGGCUGCACCCUGCACAAUAUAGGACUCGGUUAUGUAAAGAUGGAACCUUUUGUGCUCGACGGGUUUGUUUCUUUGCCCACAAACCAGAAGAACUCCGCCCGUUACAUGUUUCAACAGGGUCUGCUUUGCCAUCACCACGAGGUUCUCCUGCUGGCGCCAACGCCAUGUCACCACCUCCAUUUUCUCCACCACCUAUGCUGCAGCUGCAUGGAGCCAAUUUUCAGGGAAGCCGCUUGAAUUUGCCUUUUAAUGCUAGAGACAUUCAUCUCCUCGAUCUUGAAAUGCAUCGGAGGCAACACGCUGCAGCUUUUUCGCCAUUACAUAAACCAGUGGUGUUUAAUCAGUCAUCUCCAAUGAGCCCAUAUUCACCAUAUGGAAUUUCAUCUCCAAGAAUUAUGUCACCUAGGGACAUUGAACAAUCUCACAUGAUACCUUUUAGCCCACACUUGUCAAAAUGGGGUUCUUCUAAAGGAAAUGUGGACUGGUCUGUAAAUGGAAGUGAAAUGGUUCAAACCAGAAGAUCCGAGUCCUCUGAGCCAGAUGUUUCAUGGGUUCAAUCUCUGGUGAAGGAACCAGUACCACCAAUGACACCAAAGGGUUCAGGGAUGGAACUACCAGAGGUCCGGAAGAUGGAUCAUGCAGCUUUGGGAACAUGGCUUGAGAACUUGCAGCUUGAUCAGAUUGUUGCAUAGUAUCCAACAAGUGAAUGGUAAUUCUAUCUGUCUAUUUUUUAUUAAUUUAUGUAUAUUGUUAUAUAUGGAAAAACAAGAUUUUGGGUUGGAAAUUUUUUCUCACAGUUUCACUUGCGUGUUCCAAAUACCCAAAGAUCUUCAUGGAGCACCCUCAUUAUUCCUUAAAUCCUUUGUCAUGUUAGUUGUUAAAUAUCAUUUUAAAACGUCAAUACAAGUUUGUUUAUUUUUUCUAUGUAUCUUAAGCCAGUUAAGAUGACAAAUGUAGAAACUUUUAUCUUUUGUUUUCUUUGGUUGCUUCCUUGUCAAAGGAUUUGUGUUGCAGUAAGUGUCUAUUGUCUAAGCUAUAAAGGUAUCAAAUGACAUUUGUGUAACACAUUAGACUGCGAUAUUUGGAAGGAUUUUGUAUUUUAA